AUGGAUAACAGAGAGAGGUAUCAGAAGUAUAAGGAUAGUUUGUCGGGUAAUUCAGGAAGUCGGCAAAAUUCGUUUGCCUUGAGAUCGAAGCUAAAAAGCAUCUUCACAUCUUGGAAUAAACCAGAUUCUGAUGAAGUUGUUUCAUCACAUCGUAGCACAUCAAAUUCUAGCAAAUUAUCACAACAAGAUCCAGGGUUUUUAGGUACACUGGCAGUCAAAUUACCAGGCUCGUUUCAUGCCUAUAAGGAAACAUCUAAUACACCAGUCGAUACCUCGCAACAACAGCAGCAGCAGCAACUAUCUCCGAUACACUCAACAUCAACUAUUGACAAGGAUGAAACUGCUGAAAACCCCAACGACAUUUUAUCAGCAUUUUUCAAGCAAAAGGGCAAUGGCAAACUUACAGAUGUGGAAUAUGAAGGUGUAAUGGCAUUGAUGUCCAAAUCUAGAACAGGCACACCUUACAAACGAGAAUUUGCCGAGUUGAGCUUCACUAAUGCCGAACCUUCUUUUAAGAGAAGACAUUUGGGUAAUGACUCAAUAAUUGUGGGCAAUGAGACAUCAAUCGUUGGAUCUACACCAUCAAAACAGAAUGUUCUCAAGACGAAUGGCAAUACCACUUUAAAUACACCAGGUUAUACCCCAAAGUACAACAAGACUUACAACGACACAUUUGAGAGGUCGUACCUGAUAAUAAAUAACACAACAGGGAGCCACUUUGUACCAUCCUUGAGAAGAGCAAGUAUGAGAUCGAGACGACCUGCCCCUUACAAAAGUAGGAUCACAAGCUCUACUUUAUCCAAUUCAGUCGUCAAAAACGACAGACAGACGGAUGAAAAGGACAAUAACUUGAGCUUCAAGCUGAGCAACACAAGUGCAAUACAAACUUCUGCUUCAAAGCCACCCAGCAAAGCCGCUCAAACUUUGUUAAGUAUUUUGGAUGGUAAGGAAGAAAACGGAGAACCUGUUGAUGAGAAACAACAACAACAUCAAGACAAGUUAAAAUUGUUUAUCAAUCCGUAUGGGUCUAGCUCAGAAAAGAAAAACAAAAACAAAUUGAGCAAUACUUUGACCGCGUCGGGCGUAACGGCGCUGACCAUUGGCAAAACUAUCUCCUAUAGCGCAAUGGACCUGCUACCCGCAAGUAAUGGCGAGGAAAAGUCGAAUACUACUAGUACGAGUAACCCCAAGAACAACACCGGUAAAGCUUCAGAUAUGCCACUCAUUCAAUCAAAUCACCUCGCAAAACCCAUUUUCAAUGAACCCAAAUCGAAACUGCCUACUUUUUCCAACGGUUUUCAUCACUCGUUCAGUAAAGAGCUAAACGGGAACAAGGGUGACCAUAAUGGGGAAAAUGAACAGGUAGUUGGGAAAUAUGCGAUGAAUGCACCAAGAAACGGUACCUUUUUUGAACCUAGUGUUUCAAACAUGCUGUUCACAGCAUCAGGGUCAUUGAGUGUGAAUGGAGUAUCGAACAAAGAAAGCAAUCUGUCUGGUGAUAAACAUAAGAACAAGUCCUAUCUGAUUGAUGACCAGGGGAAUGGUGAAAAUUUAAGGAGAAAAUUACCCAACACAUUUGGCCUGUCUUGCACACCCACACCAGCUUUUGAGAGUAUCAAAUCAAGUACAGAUGGGUUCGUGUCAACUACGAAUCAAUUAAAUGGUACAAAUAAUGAGUCGUCGCCUCCCGUGUCUGAAUUCACCUUCCCCUCCCCCAAACUUGUUGUGUAUGAUUUCGACGAGGAGGAAGUUAACAGAUACAAAUCUUUGUUUAGCUUUUGA